GCAGCGGGUGGGCCCAGUUAUACCUAGGGGCCCUACAAGGCAGCUGCCCCAUUUGUACCUCGUUAAAGACGGCCCUGGGACUAAUAUAGGCUCACAGAGGCUAAAUGCAUGUCAUUCUAGAGUAAGGUCAACGAAAAUGUGGCAUAGAUACAAAAUUAAGAUGACUAACUGCUGAUGUUGAGGAAACAGCAGAACAGGACACGCAAGGGACAGAACAGAUAUUGUUAACUGUGUUAACUAUGCUUACUAACUACAUAUAACUGUCUCUUUCCUAGCCAAUAGACUAAGGAAUCUUGGAAAGUUAUCAGUUACAGCUUCAUCCUGUGGUUUCCCUACAGACUAUGGGAAAAAAAACAGGAUGCUUUUUUUUUUUUUUUAAAGAAAUAGCUUGAUUACUGUUGGCUGUUACCAAAGCACUGGGCCAAUAUUGGUUGAUAAUGUGCUGUGAGAUAGCAGAAAUAAAGCAAGAGGACUGCUGAAUCAUUUUUUGUUUGUGCUCCUUGUGACAGAUUUCGCAGGACCUCCACAUGAGUCUAAGUGCUUGCUGCCAUUGAAAUAUUCUGUGCAAAUAAAAGGAUCUGUGGGACAUGCCACUAAAGAUUUUUUUGAUGUGUAAGAAUGUUUUAUUUAAAUCGAUUUAUACAUACCAGCAGAAACAUGGUAUCUUCUCAAACCUUCGGGAUCUCAUUUGCCCAUCUGAAACAUAGCUCUAAUUUAAUUCGUAGUAUUAUCUUUACAUGAUAAAAACCCUUUGAGAGAUAUAACUGAAUAAUAAGAUCGAGGUUGUAUGCAACAAAACAAACGGUUUCAUUUUACGAGCUAUCAUAACACUUUUUCCAUUUUUUUUUUUCAUUCUUGAUACUGAGGAAACAUUAUCUUUAAUAGCAUUUUAAUAAUUUAGAUCUUGGGUGCUUUAAGAUAGCUACAAAGACCCAUUAUGAUACAGACCUGCAUGGUAGAAAAUGGAUCUCAGAAUAGAAACACUCUAGAGGCAAAAAGCUGGCAAAAGCAUCCCUGCAGGGCGACGUACCAAAGAACAAGUUUUAUCAAAUAAUAGACUUCAUUGGGACCCAUAGGGAUUGUAGCGGAGAGGUAGUAUAAUCCACGAUAUCUCCGCUGGGUAACAGGAACAACAUAAAAUAAUCCAGGGAAUCAGCAUACAAUAAUCCAGACAGCACUGUAGUAACCCUUCCUUCCCAAGAACUAGACGACACAUAGGCUGGGAGUCAACUGACAACCUUUUAAUCAGCAGGACAAUUUAUACAAGUCCCCAUGCAAGGGGUUUCCUGAGUCCCUCCCCAGGGGCACUCCCAGAGGGGACUACAUGGGGGACUUACAUUACAACAUAUUUCUCCCAUCAGGCACCGCUGCACGAGAGGGAUAAUCUUCCCAGAAUGCACCGUUAAGUGGAUUAUCCCCUCGUGCAGCAGAACCGACAAUUCACAUAAAAAUCCAUAACUUGGGGAAUAUACAGGGAAUUUACACGAAUGGACGUUCGGUUGAUAGCUGGGGUCUGAGGGUAUCAUUCGUGAGAUUACCGCUCAGAUCCCAGCUAAAAUAACCGAACGCUGCACGAACAACACAAUUCGUAUAAAACAUACAAAAAGCACCGAUUGCUUUUAGGGAACAAAAUACCGAACGUCCCGAAACUCCUGAACGCCCUGGAGGCUCAGCGGGGCUCAUGCCGUCGAGUAGCCGUUUUUAGUACCAGGCGCUCGACGACAUAACCCCGCUGAGGGAACAAAGGAUCCAAGAUGGCCGACCGCCGCAUGGUCGGUAGUCGAACGACGGCCACCCAGGAGAGCCUCUAAUAACCGAUUGCAACAAUGUUGCAAUCAGUUAACUAGCGCCACACGCCUCUAAGUGUGUGGGCUAUUAGGGGGUAUCGCGUUCGGUUCACGAACGGCCCUCCAAAGUGCCGUUCGUGAAACGAACGGGAAUCCCCAUACAAACCGCCAUUUGCAUUCGGCGGAACAGAUAAGUACAGGUAAUGCAGGGAAUACAUGAAGCAGACACAUACAGGUUAAAACGCAUAUCUCUCCAGACCUAUAGGCAACCCUUAAAGGCAUAGUGUCCAGUUAUAGUCCAAGUGGCUAGGUUUGCCACAGGGAUUUAGUAUUUAAUUUCUCUAAAUGUCUUAAACCAGCAAUCCUUAAACCGUGAAUAUUUGUGACAGACAUCAGAUGUGCCAGAGUUGGGUAUCACUGCCUUAAACACGGACUCUCACAUUUCUGUGUAUACGGUUUCUCCGUUGAUUUAAACAUUUACUUGGCUUUACUCAAUUUACUGGGACAUCUCUUCCCAGCCUAAUGAAUGUCAUUGCAAAAUUGUUCUUAAUGGGUUUUCAGAACACCUAAUGCAAAGCAGAAUUAUUCUCCUGUCAUUCUAAAUAGCACGCAGCUUUUAGUAAUAAAGUUUCAUUGUUAUACUAUAUGACAGCUUAGCCAGUCACUUUUCAGACAGGCUCACGCUAAUUGGCAGUUUUCCAAGGUUUCCUUAUUACUGAAUUACAAUGCCACGCUGCGCCAUGUCCUUCUCAUAGAUUCCCCAUGUCCUGCCUUGUAUGUCAUUUAAAUUCCAAACAUUUUACGCAAAUGUUGGAAAUAUAGUAUGUAAAAUACUAAUUUGGGAUAAUUCGAUUUAAAAGAAAAUAAAAAAAAUUGGUGGUUUGGUUUUCUAAGGAUUGAGAGUAGUUAUAUUUUCAUGCACAGACGGAUAGAUGGCUGGAAGGAUAGAUAGAUAGAUAUGUGAUUUCCUUUGUGACGAACAAUGUUCCCAGAUACAAUUAAAACCUUAUGCAGAAUAUACAGUUAUAGAAAGAAGUUCACAGGACCUUGAUAUGGUCGUGUUUAUCAAAAUAACCUCUACAGAGGUCAAGGAUAGAAGAGUGUAAAAUCGUCUAAAAUAGGAGUUCCCAAAAGGUAGAUCCUGCUAUCACAUCAGUGAUGUUUUCCAGCCUUAAGAAUGUUCUUGUCUAUUCUCACUUCCAUUAACUGUUUGUCUUUCACAGAUUGGCCCCAUAGGCUCCCUUCCUGUCUCUUUCACUCUUCUUGACACUCUUUACUGUAUCUCGCCCGUCGCUGUAUAACACACUAACGCUCGUCUUUUUUUUUUUUUUCUGCUUUAUAGGCCGUCUCAAGAUAUCAGUUUGGAGGAAUUUGACGAUGAAGAUUUAUCUGAAAUUACAGAUGACUGUGGGAUUGGAUUGAACUAUGACUCGGACCACUGUGACAAGGUAAUUAUGACACAGAGAAAAACAAUUUGACAAAUCAAAACUUAGCAGAUCAACAUUGAGCAAUACAAUGAAUCACUCUACAUAUUGGGAGCUAAUAGCUUUAAAGGGACACAAGAACCACUACAACUUAAUGAAGUGGUUCUGUUGUCUUUAGCCUGUACCUGCAGGCUUUUUAAUGAGAAGGCAGAGAAAAGGCAGUGGUUACACUGCUGCCCAGUAACACCUCUAGUGGCAGUCACUCACAUGGCCACUAGAGGUGCUUCCUAGUCCAGUGCUGCAGAGUGUGCAGCACUGACGUUCAGAAUUUCUACGCUCUGCAUGGAGGUGCUGAACCUUUUCCAUAUAGAUGCAUUGAUGAGAAGAUGCUGACUGGCGCAGCGUGGCAUUGUUCCAAACAUGCGCAAUAGCCUCCCAAUGCAUUUCUAAGGGAAAACAUUGUUGUUCUUGUGUCUUUGCUUGCAUGAAAACAUGUGAUUUUUGUACAUAUUGAUCUCUGGACGCAUAGAUUAUUAUUUUGAUACCACUGGGAUUGCUUUUGAUACUGUUUAUGGAUACCUUAUUCAUUUAAUUUAGACGAUAACGUUUAUUUGUUCUUUAUGUUGUGCUCCUCAUUCUGUAUUGAUUGUGUCCUGAUUUUGUGGUCCAUUGGAAAAUAGGAUUGUUGAGUGAUCACCCUGCUUUUAUCUUUGAUUUUGCAGAUAUAUUUUGAUUUAACCCUUUGAGUGUGCCUACCUUAGUAAAUCAGAUUUCUAUAAUUUAAAUAUGAGGCUGGUGGAAUGAAAUGUAAAAGACGUCGGUAUUUAGAGAGCCUUUGAAAAUAGUUAGGAGCACUAUUGGAGAUUACAUAAAAGUAUAUUUAGGAACCCAGAAGCAGUCUGGACCUGGAAUCCUUGGUCUCUAAGACAUAUGCCUCAAAGACAUGGAUUCUUAUGACACAGCCAGCAAACUUUAGAUUAGUUGAAAAGGUAUGUAGCUACAUCAGUGAUAAAUACAUAAGGUGAAAUUCAGUGGUUUAUAAUAAUGUCUCCAGAAACCUUCAAUAGCAUUAUUUGUGUAAUAUCCUGCUAACAUUACAAUACAUUGGCGUAAACUGGUGAGCACAAUGCUUCAUUCACGGCUGAGUGGACAUUUUACCCCAUCCAGCCAGACUAUUACAUAUUUAAUAUCUCUGAUAAUCUAAUGAAGAUCAUUAAAAUGAACUGCAACAGAGCUACCUAACUGAAAUUUGUCAACUUAAUAUAUCUUAACUCAGGCUUGUUGACACCCAUUAAAGGGACACUAUAGUCACCAACAUAAGUAUAGCUUAUUGUAUUUGUUCUGGUGAGUAGAAUCAUUCCCUUCAGGCUUUUUGCAGUAAGCACAGUUUUUUUUCAGUGAAAAUGCAAUGUUUGCAUUACACCAAAGUGAUAACUCCACUGGCCACUCCUAAUGGGGCUGCUAGAAGUGCUCCCUGGGGCAGUGCUGCACAAUGUGAAACACUGCCAUUCAAUGUCUCCACCUUCUGCAUGGAGACACUGAACUUUCCUUAUAGAGAUGCAUUAAUUCAAUUCAAUUCAAUGACGAGAUGCUGAUUGGACUGUGUUUGGCUUGUGCCUGCUCUGCCCCUGAUCUGCUUCCUUGACAGUCCCAGCCAAUACAAUGCUUUCCUAUGGGAAAGCGAUGUGAUUGGUAUUCAGCAACACUUCUAAUGAUGUCAGCCAAGCUGAUCGGGGCAGAGCCUGCAGCCGCAGAGUGCAAUAAAGGUAACAUUUUGUUAUGUUUAAGAGGGCAGGGGGGAGAAAAAGGGGGUAGAUGGUGUUUUUGAUACUGUAGGGUCAGGAAUACAUGUUUGUGUUCCUGACCCAAGGAAUGUUUUAUGCUAAACAUUCUGUUUCAAUAAAUGAACUCAUAUUCAAGAUAGUGUGAUAGGUGACGUAUUUGUUGUAUUAUCUAAACCUGAGGGCACUAAGGAAGCUAAUGAAAUAUAUACAUCCUAUAACCUUGAAGAGCAAAAUAUCAUCAUAGCCUAAAAUCUCAAAUGUAAUGAGUUUACUUGGUUCCACGUGUUUAACUUUCUCUCCUUACCCACUCAGGACAGCCUUGCGUUCGGUCGCUGUGAUCCAUCACGUGUUUUGUGCAGCUUCCAGGAGGAUUUCCAUGAAUUUGAGAUGAUUGAUGAGGAUGACGAUGAAGAUGAAGAAGAAGAAGAGGAGGAGGAGGAGGAGGAAAAUCCAGGUGAAGAGAACAUGAAGCAGCAAGAUGCACCACCUUCCCCAAGUCCAUCACCUCUUCCUCCUGAAGACAGCCUGAAAAAUAGACCUAGCACCUUGAGACUGAGUGCUCCUCGAACACAGGUGAGAAGAUGAUAGAAGGUAGACAUAGGAUUAUGGAACACCAGUAUCAGAAGAUUAUUUCAGGGAAAUCUGCAUAUUUAUACUAUUUACUUUGUAGGAAUAUAAGAUUUCUGUUAUGCAGUCAAGAGACGUUGUAGGGUCCUUUUAGACAAAAUAGAUAUAAUUCUGGGUGUAAUGACAUAUUUGUUAUCUGAUUAAAUUGCUGAUGUGGUUGUUGAUUGCAAGUCUACUUGGAGAGUAAAAUGAGAUAUGUUCUCUUUCAUUUAUGGGAAUAAUCAUGAUUUACAAAGUUGAGAUCAUCAGUAUCUUUAUUGGCAACAUUACCUGCACUCCAACCAAUAGGAGACUGGUCAGCUGAUGUGGUCCGUUGGACUCACAGUACAAUAUCUCUAGAAACAGAAUCUUUAACUCAUCAAAUAGUCUUGCGAUAAGUAAAACAAAUAUUACUUUGCUGACAAUUUAAGAAAGUAUAGAUGUGUUUCUGUGUAAUUUGAUUUUUUUUAUUAAACACUGUAUUAUUGCAUGUAGGUCAAAAGGGUAUUAAUUUUCACCCGAAUUUAAAGAGCUUAAUUUUUAAUCUGUAAAUAAAAAAAAUAUUUCUUAAUGGCUUUUUACAUAGACAAAUAAUAUCUAAUAUCUAAAAUCAUGAUGUAUUAAUAAACAGGAAGAGCAUGCCAUGUUAUUAAAAAGCUGUGUGCAUCGACAUGCUAGCCUCUCAAUACUAAGUAAUUUCCUGCAUCAGUAAGAGAGGAUUUCAUUGUAGGUGCACACAGGGCCGGCCUUAGGUGUUCAGGCGCCCUGUGCGAAACAAUCUUGUGGCGCCCCCCCCCCACCCCCCUCACCUGUCUCUGUUUGGACCCCUUCAAACUAUUUUAGGAGCAUUCACAAUCUGUUGCCUCCACCCCCUUCUACAAAACCACUGCACCUCUUAACCAAAAUCCCUGGCCAGAUCUUCACCAAGCCCCUGGCCACCACUUCAUCAAACUCCUGGCCACCCCUUCCCCUUCAUCAAUGCCCUGGCCAUCCCUUCGUCAAACUCCUAGCCACCCCUUACCCUUCAUCAAUCCCCUCCCACCCCUUUAUCAAUUCCUGCCACCCCUUCAUCAGUCCCCUGCCCCUCUCAUCAAUUCCCUCCCACCCUUUACUCAGCCCUCUGCCCCUAUUCAUCAGCCGCCUGACCCCCUAAUCAAUCCCCUCCCACCCCUUUAACAGCCCUCUGCCCCAUUCAUCAGUCCCCUGACCCCCUCACCAAUCCCCUCCCCCUUUUAUCAGCCCCCUGACCCCCUCAUCAGUACCCUCCCACCCCUAUCACCCACCUGCCCCCCUUUAAUCAGUCCCAUGCCCCCCUUUUCAACCCCCUGCUCCCCUUCAUCAGCCCCCUUAAUACAUCCCAUGCCAAAUAAUCCAACCCCUGGCCACCCCUUCAUCAGUCCCCUGCCCCCUCAUCAAUUCCCUCCCACCUAUUUAUCAGCCAUCUGCCCCCAUUUCAUCAGCCCCCUGAUCUCCUCAUCAAUCCCCUCCCACUCCUUUAUCAACCACCUGCCCCCUUUAAUCAGCCCCAUGCCCCCCUUUUCAGUUUCCUGCCACCCUUUAUCAGCCCCCUUAAUAAAUCCCCUGCCAAUUAAUGCAAUCCAUGCCACCCCUUCAUCAAUCCCCUGCCCCCCUUAAUUAAAUUCCUGCACCUCUUCAACAAAACCUAUUUAAUAAAAAAGAAAAAAAAAGUCACUCACAGUAAAGGCUGCUGCUCCCUGGACUGAGCUGUCUCCGCCGAUUGAAGAGCACCGGGUGCCGCCUUCACUCACUGAAUUGGAUCCUUCCGCGGCUCCCUCUGAUGACAGAGCACGUCGACGUUACGCAAGUACGCGGCAUAACGCCCCCACGCUCCUCCUCCACCCUCCAUACAGAAGUGGAUUCCCGGCGGCGGCUCUCUGCUCAUAAUUUGCACGUCAAGUGCAAAGCAGUAUUAUGCACUUGACUUGCACUUUAAAUACAGAACUCUGCCGGCCUGCGAGCUGUGUUGGCUGCCCGGCGCCCCUGUUGCCAUGGCGCCCUGUGCGGCCACACAGCUCGCACACCCCUAAGGCCGGCCCUGGGUGCACACGUGUUUGAAGACAACAACUGUCAGCAAGCACGACCUCAGAUAGAGUUGGGAGUGCUCCCAAAAAUAGCCGACAGUAAACUUAGAAAAACAUUGACAGUGAGAGUUAAAAGUGAAUACAAUGACACGAGACAUGCAGUGGAUUUAAAGGUAGGACUGUUGGUGGGGAAGUGGGGAUAUCAUGAGGUCUAGAAUACAGUGUAGAGUAUACGAGGAACACUGAAGAAUUAAAAUGUGAAGCAGAGUAAGAGUAGUUUUCUUCUUUUGAACAUGAGUGGGUGAUAGAAAUGUAAAUGUCAGGGUCUAGUGGUAUGUUAUAUUGUGUCUGUUGUUAGUAUUCAGAUUUAUGGAUUUUACUCAAAAAAAAAUAAAACACGCCUUUCUUAUGGACCAUACAGGUAUAUACCUGACGUUUCAGUGAUGUAUACCUAUGCCAGGACUCUUAUUUCCCCUAUUUAGAUAUAUUUAGAUUUGGGCCUAUCUCUGCUGUUGGUUGAUAUGUUCUUUGCAAUCCAGGUGUAGACUACUUUUUGUAUCCUUUUGGAUCAAUGGCAAAUGGCAUGUAAUAAUCAGGGCUUAAAAUUUCCACUUGCCGCUUGUAAUUGGAAAAGAGAAAAUGUAUCCCUGGUAAGUAGAAAUUAAUUUAUGAUGAAAGUGCCAUGGACCUGCUAGGCUUUCCAGUGGUAAUUAACUUUUAAGUAUUGGCUAGUAAAAUUUGAAAUUGUAAGCCCUAGAUUAAUGUUUACAUUUGAGAAUUUGAGGGAUUUGCAUCUUAUUUUUAAACCAACUUAUUAUUUUAAACAAUUAUUAUGGGAGGUAAGACAAUGUGUAAUUAUUUUACCAUGCAUGAGGUAUAUACAUCAAGUAGGUGCUAGACUUGAACAUUUAUUUAUAAUUCACAACUUGUGUUAUAAGCAUUUACAACAUAUACAGUAUGCCAGAGUGUGUGGCUGAGUUUUGAUGUACCCCUUUGUGUUGGAUGGAAGAUAUUUUACAGAUACACAUUGUAUAGGGUGUUCAUACUUAAUAUACGAGUAAUUAAACACCCCUAGUCACAUGAACUAUAUUAUUAGUAGGAGUGCUAGCACUGCAGUCUUCUCUUGCCCCGUCACAUACUCUGAGGGCAUUUUCUAUUUAGUUUUAAGAACCCUGAUUACACUUUAAGAGUUUACAUUCACUCAUUCAUUGCAUUCAUUCCAUUUUGAAAAAUAUGCCUUACAUAUGGCAGUCUAUCACUGACCCAUUCUCACCUUAUUUUCUACCACAUCCCCAAAAGAUAUCUCUCUGUACACACUGUGACAUCCUCACACAUAUAUAGCACUGUGAUAUAGAGAUCUACAUGUGCAAUAAUAUGCAACACACACUCACACCCACUGGUGUGGGGGGAUCAAUUUGUGGGAGGCGGACAGUGUGGGGGGGACAGUAUGCAGGGGGUGACAGUGUUGGGGGCAAUGUAGAGGAGGGUAGCAGUGUGGGGGGCAGUUUGUGGGAGGUUGACAGUGUAGGGGGUAGUGUGUCUUGAUGACAGUGUGGGGAGGCAGUGUGUGAGUUGGUGACAGUGUGGGGAGACUGUUUUAGUGACAAACCUCCCCACAUUGAAAUACCUUAAAAUAAAUGAUGAAUUCCCUGGGGCGGUGGGCAGCUCUCCCUGAUUGUCCGGUUAGGGGCAGAGCAUUGCAACAACGCUCUUGGAACUCGCAAGACCUCUAUCACAUGGUCUGCAGCUCGGCACCUGGUGGAGCUGCAGACCUGAAGUGCUGGACUAUUUCCUAGGCAUCUGGCAACAUAUAGGGCAAUUUGCUGGUUCCCCUCCCGGUGUUGAGAUGGACCGAGGACCCGACAGGUCUAAGUGACCUAAGGUAAUUUAGACUGCCUUGAGGCCUUAGGUGGCUGCCUAAAUCACUUAAUUAGACAGCUGCCUCUGGGCCUGUUGUAUGCAAUCACCUCAGUGUCACAAUGCCCUAUUUCAAGGGUGUCAACCAUAACCACAAUUAACAUAAAAUUAAUCAAUUAAAUUGAUUUACACCAAAUUCAUAAAUAUACAUAUUCCAGUGAAAAAACUGUGCAUUCAUAAUUAUAAAUUUCCAUAUAUUAAAUUAAAUUAUUAUUAAAUUCCAUAUUAAAUAGCCAUAUUUGGACAUCCUGUUUUGGAAUCCUUUCAGGUGUGUGUAGGUAUGGGGCUAUUGCUGCACUUAUCCUUAUUUAGCUAUGUUGAUAUUUUUCCCUCCUCUUUAACUUUUUUAUUUUCUUGUUUCUCUCUCAUGGAUAAACUCUUUCAUUUAUUAUGAAUUUAAUCAUUAUGAAUACACUGUUUUUGCACUGGAAUAUGUAUAGUUAUGAAUCCGGUGUUUAAGUUACUGACUGUUUUUAUUUAAUUAAAUUAUUUUGCACAUAUUAUGUUUAUUGUGGUUAUGGCUGACAAUCUUUAAAUAGCGUAUUGGAAUACUGAGUUGAUAGCUUGAUAAAGGCCUCUCUGUAGGCCAAAAUUUUGCAGUUUUUGUUUCAAUAGACCCGCCUUCCUGCAGCAAUCCUGAGUGCCUGGACCUACCGGGACCAAGGACGGGCUGGUCCUGCCUAUAACGCACAAUACGGAACAACUAUAUGUUCCUUAUUGAAGGAUCUAAACAUGACUAGGCAUGGGAAACUCAAGGGCAAUUGCUCUUUGUGACGAACCAAAAUGUCUCUACAAUGCUUUUUAUACAAAUAUGUACUGUGAUCCUAUAUAUGUAAUAUAGUUGACACAUUCCUGUGUUUGGAUAGUCUAGCAUUUUAAAAGGUUACUCCAAACACAAUCACCACUUUAGUGAUUUGAAGUACUUAUGUUGCCUGGUGUCUGUAUGUGCAACGUUUCUCUAUAAAACACAAAAAAUAUGCAAAUAUUUAGUUGAACCACAUUACUGCCAGAUGUGUAACUUCACCUCUGGCAGUGUCAUUUAGCGUCUUUUACUAGCCCGGACAAUUGAUUGAGGUGCACAUAUUAUGCUGGAUUAUUUUUAAAUAAUCUAUUCUCUGAAUUUCAGGAUACACUUAACAACAAUGGUGGAUUCAUUUCUCAGAGAGACAGCUGGGCAGAUCCUGAGAGGAAUGAGACUGGUGAGAGUUAGAUAUUGUCUCUACAUGGAUUCUCUUCUCUUUUAUGGGUGUGGGGCUAUUUUUUUUAAAUCACUUUGUUUAGGAAAAUUAUUUUAUCUUCCACACUGUUUCAUCCUGGGUGAGUGUAACUGUUAUCCUUGUCUCAAUAUUUCCAAUUGUUUGUAUUUAUUUUAACUCUUUGUUCAAAUGAUGAUGUGCAUUUGUUCUUUAUUUAUAUAUUAAUGUCUCUUUGUUUGUCUGAUAUUUUUGUCCCUAGGAGUAUUCUUGUUUGAAUGUAGCUCACAUUUCUUCAAACUCUACUAAAAUGUUUCUUUUCCUUUCAAUACUAGAGUUUGUCGCCCAUUCCCAAGUCGCUCAGUCGGAAAUGGAAAUGCACACAGUUUCUGCAAGUGACAAUAUAGGAACAGAACUUGACAGGCCUCAGGGAAGUGAUGUCUCCAGAAUUCUACCUGCCAGUCUUCACCAGGUAGGAAAUGAAGGGCACUGGCCAGCUGAUGCAGCAUCCAGAGUCACAACACCACCCCAAGAACAUCAUGAUGAUUUAAGCCCAGAGAGGAGAUUAAGCACACGAGGACAUCCAUCUAAUUCUUCAAACGAAACAACAUCUCCAUCAUCAGAUCCUGGAAUUGAGGCUGAUCUGACAAGUCGUGGUCGGUUCAUGCCACCUGGAGACUGUAGUCAGGAUCUCAGCUCACCUGGUUCUGAUUCUGAUAUAGAAGGUGAACUUGAAGCAGCCUUUGCCCGUGAAGGUGGAAGGUUGGUUGGAACUAUGAUCUCCUCUAUCUCAGAGACAGAGCUGGACCUUAGCAGUGAUUCAAGCAGUGGUAGAUCAUCUCACCUAACAAACUCUAUUGAGGAGGCCAGCUCACCCACAUCUGAUCCUGAGCCAGAUCAUGUUGGAGAGGGAGAUGGAGGUCGACAAGGAAUUAAAGAUUCACUCCUCUUAGAUAAGGAAGAAGAAAAUGCCCCGGUACUGGUGGAACCAGAAGAAAAAUACAGUUCCUGGAAUAUAGAUGAAGCACCGGUACAUGAGGAACCUGAUGUCAAUGCACAACGUAGUCUUGAAAGCAUUCGCCGGUCAUUUUAUUUGCCAGUGGGACCUAAACUUAUACCAGAAACAGAGGCUAAUAGUGAAUAUGACUCUGACUCUGAGUCAGAGGCUGAUUUGAGUGAGGAUUCUGACUCACCAUGGCUGCUCAGCAACUUGGUAAAUAAAAUGAUAUCUGAAGGCUCAUACCCAAUCACCUGUCCAGAUGAAUGUUUUCAAAGGCAAACUAGCCCUUCUUGCGACACCCUCUCCCCAGCUUCAGAAUUGGAUCCUGAGAACCUAGAGCAAGAAGUGGAGGCUGAGCUAAACAGUCCUAAGGAGCCAUCUGAUGAUUUGGUCUCAAAACAACAGAGCAUUGAAUUAGUAGAUAUGGAAACUCUACAAAACUCUUUGAGCCACACAGAGAGAGAAGAGACCCGUCCUGGCUUGUAUCUUCUGCAUGAUUCACGUGAUACUGUUACUCCAAUCUUUGAAGGACUUCCUCUCCACUUAGAGGGCUUAUCACACACUGCUAAGUGUCUUCCACAGUCUCCUGGGCAUAGAGCUGAACUGAAACCAAGACCUGGAACAGAGCAACUACUGCAGAAUCCAGCUGAGGGCUGGGAUAUUGACCGUGAUCUGGAUUCUGGCAUCCUGGAAGAUAAUGAACUUUGUGAUGACCUCUGUCAGGAACUAAACCAAACCCAACCCACAAUGGACAUCUCCACAGCCCAGACCAACCAUGGCUUUAACCUGGAAUAUUCUGGUGAGGAAGACGAGGAGAUACCUUAUUAUAGAAGCCUAAAAAGUUCUCCAUUCCAGAGCUGUGUUGGGGAUAAAUCUUUUAUGGGCUCCCCAAACAAUGAAACACGGUUAAUAGAUGAUUCUCUGGCCUACGAUUCAAUGAAGUACACUUUAGUAGUGGAUGAGCACACUCAGUUGGAGUUGGUUAGUCUACAGCGAUGCACCUCCAUAAUGAGUGAUGGAAGUGACCUCCUUAGAGCAUGUGAUGCCGGUGAUCUAGAGGAGGAUGAAUUUGGAGACGAAGUGGAAGUCAAUGAACAAGAAUCCUCAUCAGGUGACUCAUCUCCUGAGCCCAAUAUGCCUUUCUCCAAGAAAUUCCUCAAUGUUUUUGUGAACAGCACAUCACGAUCCUCAAGUGAGUAACUAGAUCACAAGUAUAGUAAUUUUAUUGUGUAUGUGCAGAGUGAAAACUUAGUUAAACCUGGUAUAUUCCCCUCACAUGCGUAAGAGCCAUAUAUUUAUUUGCAGUGCCCAGCAAUUAGUGAUUUGUAAAAAUGUAACUUAUAUAGUGGCAUAUUUUUUAUCUAAAUACCUCCUAAAAAACAUUGUAUGUUCUAUUUGAUAUUGUUGCCAGAAUAACUCAAGAUAUACUAAAAUCUUUGAUUAUGUAACUACGUGAUUGACUGUACGAGUAGCCUGACCUCCCAUUGUAACUGCUGAUGUGUACAGUGAUGUGUUUAGUGUCUGAUGGAAUCAUUGCGAAUAUACUAGACUUUGUAUUUUACCGUCACAAAUGAAAGUGUGUAAGCUGUGUAAUAUGUCAACAGGCACGGAGUCCUUUGGGCUGUUUUCCUGUGUACUUAAUGGAGAGGAGCGUGAACAGACACAUAGAGCUGUGUUCAGGUGAGUCAAUAUUUAUAUACUCUAAAACAUGAAUGUACUUUAUGCAGUAUAUAAUAGGUUUUAUUAUGAUGCAACCAAAAAAAACUAAAUUAUUGGAUACUCAUUGCAAUACUGACUGCAGCCAUGGUUUUAGAAUGAUAUAUUUUAUACCUCAAUGUAAUAUUUAUUUAAAUGUGUCUGUCUGAUUUAAAAUAUAUAUAUAUACAGUUGCAAGAAAAAGUAUGUGAACCCUUUGGAAUGAUAUGGAUUUCUGCACAAAUUGGUCAUAAAAUGUGAUCUGAUCAUCAUCUAAGUCACAACAAUAGACAAUCACAGUCUGCUUAAACUAAUAACACACAAAGAAUGAAAUGUUGCCAUGUUUUUAUUGAACACACCAUGUAAACAUUCACAGUGCAGGUGGAAAAAGUAUGUGAACCCUUGGAAUUAAUAACUGGUUGAACUUCCUUUGGCAGCAAUAACUUCAACCAAACGUUUCCUGUAGCUGCAGAUCAGACGUGCACAACGGUCAGGAGUAAUUCUUGACCAUUCCUCUUUACAGAACUGUUUCAGUUCAGCAAUAUUCUUGGGAUGUCGCAUUCUUGAGGUCAUGCCAUAGCAUCUCAAUCGGGUUGAGGUCAGGACUCUGACUGGGCUACUUCAGAAGGCGUAUUUUCUUCUGUUUAAGCCAUUCUGUUGUUGAUUUACUUCUAUGCUUUGGGUCAUUGUCCUGUUGCAACGCCCAUCUUCUGUUGCGCUUCAGCUGGUAGACUGAUGGCAGACUGUGAUUGUCUAUUGUUGUGACUUAGAUGAUGAUCAGAUCACAUUUUAUGACCAAUUUGUGCAGAAAUCCAUAUCAUUCCAAAGGGUUCACAUACUUUUUCUUGCAACUGUAUAUAUAUAUAUUUUACCACUUUGUGUCAUUGUUGUCCUAAUUUGCACAAAGCAGCACUGUUCUCAUUUUCCUGGGUUUUCCAAAACCUGUACAUAAUUCUACCUGUGUUACCAUUUAUCAUCUCCAUCCUGUAUGACAGCUUUAGCAUUCCCUAUCUGUUUUUACCCAGGAUAUUGCUGAUUGAAUUUAUUGCAUGAGACUAUCCACUACUAUAUACCUGCACUCUUAUUAGCAGUAUCUAUAUUCUUCCUAAAGGCAGCAUACAUAGCAGUUUUUGGCCGAGAUUAAAGGACUUCUCAAGGGCAGCCCCAUUUCUAUGGAAUGACCAAUCACACUGUGUAUCAGACUUUACCCUAGUCAUCAGUCUAUUGAGAAAUCCCUUAGACGUCAUAUUUAUUAGAAAGUGUGUCAUCAUCAUUUUUAUUUAUUUAAUGCAAGCUGGUGAAUCUCUAGUCACAUCCAGUAACUAAAGGUUCCACAUUCCAGUUCUUUCCGAUCUAUUUUAUAAGUUCUGAGUAGAUAGAGGUACCAGACAUGAAAAUCCUCUGAUGAGUUCUUCUUCUUCUUGUGUUCUUUUACUCCACUACCACCUUGACUGGAAGCUUGCUUGAGCAAGGUUCUCACAACCUCUUGCUUCUGUUCGCAUUCAUUUGUGAAAUUCUUAUAUUUCCACUGAAAAAUUGUAACAUUCGAUGGAAUAUGUUUGUGUUAUAUCUCCUCUGUCUUGAUGCCUCCAUCAUGUCUGCAUCAGUCUCUUUAGAUGGGAAGUUCCUUUACCUCAGUGGUUCGCAAGGAAAUUAAAUAUAAAUGCUUAAUGUGUUUAAGAACAAGUGUACACUAGUGUGAAAACAUUUAUGUAGAUGUGAAUAAAUGCUGUAAAGUAAGAAUUAUUUUAAAAAUACAAAUGUUAAAUUUAUUUUUAUCAAUUAACUUAAUGCAAAGUGAACAGAAGCAAAAUCUAACAGGAUUUUUGACUAAAGUGAGAAUUCAAGGUGAAUGCAAAGUCAACUUUAAAUUUAACCACAAAAUAAUCAAACUGGACAAAUGCUCCUGACAAAAAUGGUCAGCGAUGCUUCCAAUUUUGCUAGUCUGACCUUGGAGGGACACCCCAGACACCUAAAGCACUUGGGCUUGAUGAAAAGCUUCAUGUGAAAUUAAUGUGUCCUCUUUUUUUCAUUUUGCUAAAAGUGCAGAUUUCAAUAGAAAUGGACACUUUUAUAAUUUAACUUGGUUACACCCCCUUGGCUUUCAAGCAGGCAAUGGGUCCUGUUACUACCUGGUUUCGUGAGUUUAGUGGAGCUUAACUCAAGAGGCAGCAUUUGCCCAGAGCACCUGCCUUGCAUAAACUUCUCAUUGAGCUGCUCUGGAAAGUCUGUGAUUGGAGAGUCACAGAAAGUUUUAGCGGGGUUAGAAUGAGAGGGCUUGCAAAGGCAGCAGACUAGAGAACUGCAGAUUUUGCAAGCUGUUUUUAGAUUUACCUCCAUGAAAAAAUACCUAAUUAAAUGCAUGCAUGUUUUUAUUUGGAAUAUAUCUACUAAACAGUGUUUUUUAAAAUGUAUUUUGCAUUUGGGCAGUGCAGUGUCCCUUUAAAUUUGAAAUUCACUUUUAUCUCACUGUAGUACAUAACUCUGUAUAUUUUGCGUGCCAGCUUUUGCUAUACAUCUGUGGUCAAACAUUUUGUUAAUGCUUACAAGUGGAGUCUGAAUUUAAAAAAUAAACUGAUGGCUCAACAGCAGCUAUUGGUCAAGCGGUUGUUUUAGAAUGUGGCUGGCAUGGGAUUAUGGGAGUUAUGGUUGUUGCAUGAUCAAACUGGCACUACUGGAACUGGAUAGAAUUAACUGAACAAAAAAUAUAUAAACAUGUUCUUUCCUUAAGUACAAACACGUGUGCACCAAGAACUUUGUAAAAUGAUUAAGCUAUGAGGGUAUUAUCAAGAAUUAUAAAUCUUAAUUUCCCUUAAAUAUCCAAGUGGAGAUCUGAUUACAGAUUAGAUGCUAGAAUUAAGGAAAUCUUGGGUUUGCAGAGAAUAAUUGAAGGCUUUAAAGACUACAUGAAGCCUGUUGACAUAUGUGCCAAUUCUAAAAGUAGAUUUUGUCAUAAAAGUCUAAACGUUGGGAUCUUGAUUGAUUUCUACAUCCUAUAUUUCCACCAUAUUAAUUAUUACUCAAAAGUGAUGAAAUUGUUUCCAGUUAAGAUUUACAAGAUCGUGUUUGUUAAAUUUUACUUUCAUCUCUAAGUCAAAUAAUUGACUUCCAUGGAAAUCUCGAUCUGGGUGAUUUUUGGAUAUGAUGGUCACCCAGAUCGGGGCUAUCAGGGCAUGUAACGCUUGUGUGGUAUUCAUGUUUUUGAAGGUACUUUUGGGGUGUUUGUAAAUUGUAUGUUUUUCUGUGCCUGGAGAUAAUUGAGUUUUAUUUUUAAUUAUCUCCCAGGCACAUGGGGGGGAUUACCCUGUUUUGUGUGGAAGUGUCAUAGGCAUGUUUUCUGUGUCCUUGUACUGCAUAAAAGCAGGCCACUGAGCCUUGAUUAAACAGAUCAUCUUACCCCUUCAUGAAGUUUAGGCUCAUGUUUGGGGGAUUGGGAGCUAUAUUCACACUUAUAAUCACUACGGCACUUGGGAGAUUCUUCAAGGAUGUACUUUCCUGGAGUACUGGGAUCCAUUACAAUGUCACUCUUCUACUGACCUUUGCUCUGGGACAUAAUUACCUUUACACAUUAUUAGUAUUUUUCAUGGUCUCUCCUCAAUACGGUGAUCCAUUUGAGCAAGUGCUCCAUGGUAGUCACUACUAGGCCCCAUCCAAGUUGAAAAUUCUAGUGCUAUGAUUGAAUGUUCCAUGCCUGCUAUAUUACUAAUUUUAAUAAGCCAGUUUUCAUUUGAUGACUUCUAUUUUUAUUCUUUAUUUAUAAUAAUACUGACCUAGGCCUCAGUUUAAUAUUGUUGGAUAUGUUUUUUUAAAUGAUUUAAUAUUUUUUGGAUAAACUUUUAAAAAGAUUUUUCAAAAUAUAUAAUAUAUAUAUAAAAAUAUAUCAAUAUAAACAAAUACCAUUUUUUACAAAAUUAAUUUUUUUUUUCCAUAAUAUUAAAUACUUUUAAAAGUUUAGCCAACAUUUUUAAAAACAUUUCAAAAAUGUAUCCAACAAUAUUGAAUCAAGGCCCUAGUUCAUUAAUUUCCUUUAUUUUCCCAGGCAGGUGAUUUAACUAUGUUGCUUGGAUACAGGAGUAUUUACGUUGAUUGAUUUCUCUUUAAUCCACAGGCCAUUUUUUCUUUUCCUUUUCUUCACUCUCCAACUGUUCUGCUUCCUAUACUAUUUAACAACAUUUUCUUUGAAGUUUUCAAUAGAUCAAUAUAUAUUUUUUAAAUUAGCAAAGGAUGCCCUAUUUAAAUGUCUUGUUGAUGAGUUAUUUUAUAGUUAUAUUCUGCUCUUCAAAUCCUUUUUGUUUGCUGUUCCUUGUACUGUGCCAGUGAUACUAUGGGUGUCUUUUGCAGGUUCAUCCCUCGUCAUGAAGAUGAACUGGAAUUAGAUGUUGAUGACCCUUUGCUGGUGGAGUGCGAAGAUGGUUCUUGGUGUCGCGGGUACAACAUGAGGACGGGAGAGAGAGGAAUCUUUCCUUCUUUCUAUGCCCAUGAGGUGGUGUGUCCGGUAAAAGAGAAUGUUGGUAGGUUUCUUUUCUAGCUGUGGUCUCAUCUUGCAUGUUAUUACCUAAUUGGAGCCAUAUUCAUUAUGUCACUGAGCUGUGGAGUAUAAUUACUAAAACAUUCCACUAUAGAAACCCCAAAACAAAUGAUAAAAUAUAGGUAUAUGUUUCCAUUGCUUUGUGCCAAUCAUUGGCUAUUCCAGUCAACAAGGCAUUUACAUUCGAUUACUUCUUCAGCAUAGCCAAUUCAAAUACACACUUCAGAAACAUUGUUUUGCAUCAAUAAGAAAAACUAUGGUAUCACCAAAAUCUGUGAAUAUCACAAAAUCUAGGUGAUGCCUAAUUACAGUAAAUUUAGAUCAGAGAUUUGAACUAGUAUAGGUGAUUGUUUGGACAAAGAGUAUAAUUGCGUUGGAUGGUUUAGGCAUGUUGACUAAUAGAAGAAUCUUAAAUCUACAUCUAGUAAUCUAUUCUUAACUAUCAUCCUGGAAUCCUGCAGCACAUUAAUUGGCUUUGAGUUUUGCUUAAAUUAUGCUAAUACCUCCUAAUAUUGUUCCUUGGUGAUAGAUAUGGAGAUACUUUUUUUUUUGUUUUUCAUGUUUGCAGAUUUCUACAUUAUUAUUAUUAUUAUUAUUAUUAUUGUUAUUAUUUAUAAAGCGCCAACAAGUUCCAUAGUGCUGUACAAUGGGUGGACUAACAGACAAGUAUUUGUAACUAGACGAGUUUGACACACAGGAACAGAGGGAUUGAGGGCCCUGCUCAAUGAGCUUAAAUGCUAGAGGGAGUGGGGUAAUGUGACAUAAAAGGUAAGAGUAGGGUAGAAGAGUAGGUUGCUAAAAUAGUGUUCAUUGAGGGUUUAGUGUUUUGUUUUGAUGACCGUUUCAGGAGAGGAAUCAGUGUGCUGGGAGGGAAAGCUGUUCACAGUUUAAUUGAUAUGCUUUCCUAAAGAAGUAAUUUUUAAAAGAUUUUUUGAAGGAGUGGCUAUUGGGUCUAACAGAGAGGGAAAGGGCAUUUCAUAGUAACGGUGCAGCCCUAGAGAAGUCUUUAUGGUGAGCAUCAGAGGAAGGAGUACGAACAGAGGUUAGAUGUAGGUCUCCGGCAGAGCAUAGGUGCCUAGAUGUAUAUGAUAUUUGUGUAUUAGUGAGGAUAAGUAGGUUGGAGCAGCAUUGUGUAGAUAUUUGUAAGCAAGUAUCAGGAUCUUAAAUUGGGUCCUAUAUCUUACGGGAAGCCAAUGUAGGGAUUGACAAAGAGGGGAGGCAUGGGAGGUGCGGCUCAUCUUCAUUCUAGACUGUAAUGGGGCAAGUUGGGAACACGUAAGACCACUAAGAAGCAGAUUACAGUAGUCAAGGCGAGAGAGGACAGUGGCAUGGACAAGCACCUUUGCCGUAUCAGGCAUUAAAUAAGGUUGGAUGGGCACAAUAUUUUCGAGAUGGAAGCGGUCGGAUUUGGCGAUUGAUUGGACAUGAGGGGUGCAGGAGAGGUCGGAGUCAAAGAGGCAGCGAGUCUUAGAGGUAGUGCGGAUGAUAGCGCCAUUGACUUGGAGGGACACAGACAAGGGAGUAGCAACACUUGAGGGAGGGAAGACCAGAAGUUCUGUUUUGGACAGGUUUAGUUUAAGGAAAUGAGCAGCCAUCCAGUUGGAAAUAGCAGAGAGGCAUUCAGAGACACGAGUCAAGAGGGGUCGUGAGAAAUCAGGGGAGGACAGAUACAUUUGCAUGUCAUCCGCAUAGAAAUGAUACUGGAAGCCUAAGGAGCUGAUGAGUUUACCAAGGGAGGCAAUGUAGCUAGAGAACAAUAGGGGACAAAGGACUGACCCUUGCGAAACACCAACAGAGAGGGAUUGGGGAGGAGAGGCAGAGCCAGAGAAAGAAACACUGAAUGAGCACUGGGAGAGGAAGGAAUAGCACCAGGAGAGAGCAGUAUCUCAUAGACUGAGAUUACGGAGGAUGAGAAGAAGCUGUUGAUGAUCAACAGUGUCAAAAGCAGCAGAAAGGUUAAGGAGAAUUAGGAUAGAGUAGUGGCCAUGGGAUUUUGCAGUGACAAGAUCAUUGGAUACUUUGGUCACAGUUGUUUCAACAGAGUGACGAGUACUGAAUCCAGAUUGGAGCAGGACAAGCAGAGAGUUGGAUUCGAGGAAGUCUGUCAAUCUCGCAUUUACAACUCUCUCAAGGAUCUUGGAGACAAAAGGCAGUAGCGAGAUAGGGCGGUAGUUGGAUGGGGAAUUAGGAUCAAGGUUAGGCUUUUUCAGAAUUGGGGUUACAGUUGCAUGUUUGAAGGGUAGAGGAAAUGUGCCAAAGGAGAGGGAGAGAUUGAAAAUUUUAGUCAGAGGCAGAGCAAGAGAAGGAGACAGUGCAGAUGAGAUACAAGGGAAUAGGAUAGAGGGAACAUGUAGUGGGGCUGGAGGAACAGAGCAGAGCAUAAACCACUUCUGCUGUAGCAUGUGCAAAUGAACAUAGGACAGCUGAGGGAGUGUGGUUAGUGGAAAUGUUGGUAGUGGAUGAAGAGAGAUGAGAGAUCUCUUCCCUGAUUGUAGAAAUCUUCUUAGUGAAGUGAGUUGCAAAGUUGUGGCGGUCAAGUUGGUUGGAGGAGGAGGCACAAUAGGGUUCAGAAGAGAGUUAAAAGCAUGAAACAGUAGUUUGGGCUUGCAGGAGGGUGUGGUUAUGAGUGUAUUAAAGUAGUUUUCUUUUGAAGAGGAAAGAGACAGAUUGUAGGAGCGCAGCAUAAAUUUAUAGUGGAGGAAGUCAGAUGCAGAGUGAGAUUUUCUCCCGCAGUGUUCAGCAGUUCUUGAAAAUUUUUGGAGGUAUCAGGUCAGCUUGAUGUGUCAGGGUUGUAAUUGGGGGCGCUUAGUGCAUUUAAGUGUAGGAGGUGCCAUGAUGUCUAGUUGAGAGUAGCGUUGUAGAGGGAGGUUGCAGUAUUAGGGCAGGUGAGAUUUGAGAUGGGUGAAAGGAGACUUUGGAGGUUGGUGGAGAAUUCCUGUAGGUCAAGACAAUUGAGGUUUCUGCAAGACUGAUGUGGUGAGGGUGGUGUACUUUGGGUACGGGGUAUGCAGAUGUCAAUGGACAGCAGAUGGUGGUCAGAUAGAGGAAAUUAAACAUUGGAGAGAUUAGAGGUGGUACAGAGAUUGGUGAAGAUGAGGUCAAGAAUAUUUCUUGCUCUAUGAGUUGAUGAAUUAGACCACUGUGUGAGUCCAACGGAGGAGGUUAUAGAGAGCAGACGAGAGCCAUCGAGGCAGUUAGGGUUGUUGGGGGGGAGGUGGUGACAAAUUAUGGCAAUUCUUAGAGGAGUGGGUUUAAAUAGACAGACAAUGUGAGUAUGAACUUCAAAGGAAGUAAAGGAAAGGGCAGGGAAGAUAGGUUGAAAGGUACAUUGAGGGGAAAAAAGGAUGCCUACACCACCUUCUUUACAGUUGUUUGGUCCAGGAGUGUGGGAGAAUUGUAGCCCACCAUAACAUAAAGAAGCAGGAGUAGCAGUAUCAGAGGUGGACAGCCAGGUCUCAGUGAAGAAGUGUGAACGAAUUUGAGAUGAAGAGGGCGUGUAUGGAGGUUGAUUUUAUAUUGCUGCAGAUGGAGCGGGCGUUCCAGAGUGCACACUAAAUAUUGGUAGAUGGGGAUAGACGGCAUGGUAUUGGGAUGAGGUUUGUGUGGUUUCUGGUUGAUUUAGUGUGAGUAGAGGAGAUGACGGGCCCUGGGUUGGGAUUGAGUGGGAGAAGGUGGGAGAGAAUAGAGAAGAGAGUGUAGGGUAUGAGAUGAAAGAAGGGGGAAUGCAGCAUAGAGGGGUUAAUAUGAAGGUUGUUGGGUGGUUGAGGGAAAUAGGUGUAAGGAGAGAUUUUGAUACUAAAGGAGAAAAGGGAAAAUAAGAGGAGGACAAGAUAGAGCAUUACUCAGAUGGAUAUGCACUUCCAGAAAAUAAAAAAAAGUCUAAUGUAUAUGGGGGCCUUAUGUUUAAACCAACUCUAUCAAUCUUAUAUGCAUCUUUCUUCAAUGCAAUAUCUAAGGAUAGCAAAUACACAUAAUACAUAAGAAGGUUUCAGUUAAGAUACUAGGAAAUUAAUGAAGCCGGAAAGACUUAACAUAUAAUUUUAAUGUCUCCUCUUAAAGGGACAUUCUAAGCACCAAAACAACUUUAGCUUAAUGAAGCAGUAUUGGUGUGUAGAUCGUGUCCCUGUAGGCUCACUGCUAAAGCUGUUUCGAUGCUUAGAGUGUCCCUUUAAACAAUAAACACACAGGUACUCUAUUUUAUUACCCUACUAAACAUAUUGAUCAGAGGAUUUCCUUUAUUUCACAUAGAAACAUUUCUUUCUAAAAAUCUAGACUUUGGGAUGAAUAAUUAAAUGUUACCUUGUGUUGCAUUGAUAUAUAUGUAUUUAAUAUUCCAGGAUAGUUAAUGUUUGUCUUUGUUUUGUCAUGUUAUUGCACACUUUUAUUUUUAACUAAUAAUUUAAAAGGCUGUUUACUUGGCAACAAUAAUUAUUAGUAUUGGUCUUUUAUUGGUGGCCUUCAUUGUGGGUAGCUGAGAUAGUGCUUCACUGGAGUUUCUCCCAAGGAGUUCAUCAGCUACUGGUGUCACUGUGAAUGAGAGCAAAUAAGAGUUCUUUUAUUUUUAUUAUGCCCAUAAGCACUGCAUUUUUGAUUAAAAGUCAUUUUGGAGCCUGCAGAAUCCUCUGAGCUCCUGGGAUUUUUGCUGAUGUAGAUUUUGGUCCUAUCUUUGCCAAAUCAUAAAAUGAGUAUCUGCCAAGUUCUAUUGUACAGUCUGGAGCUGGAGGACAUCCACUGCUUAAGAGCUUUCAUUUUUAAUAGCGGGUGCAAAUGCAGAGUCUAUGGAUGUAUUUCUUAUGUGUAUUUAUUUGUAAUUGAUCGUAAUAUAAAGAAAGAAGCAUGAUUAGCUAGUUUAUAUCAAGGAAGGAAAAACUGCAUAGUUCUAUCUUGGCAGGUAACGAGUUCCUUAAAGGCGUGUUGUCUUAUUUAUAAUAGACCUUAGAGCACACUUUUUAUGUCACUUCCUGCAGUUCUCAGGGGGAACUCUCCGUGGGUCCAGGUGUUCGAUGUCCAGUUUCUGGGAUCUGUAGAAGUUCCUCAUCAUCAAGGCAAUGGCAUCCUAUGUGCAGCUAUGCAAAAGGUAAAGCUUUUAACAGAUUAAACAACACAAUGGACUGUGUUAGACAUGAACAACAUUAACACGUGUAAACAGGAAGGGUAUAGUUAGUUUCCAGUCAUUUCACAGAUCAUUCCUGUAUACAGUCUUACAUAUGUCUUUUAUUUUAUAAACACAAUGUGCCUGAUAAAGACAAAUGCAUAUCACAGAUGUAGAAUUGUGAAAAAUCUAAACCUAAAAACAGUCACAGAAGAGUAACAAGGCUACACACUCUCUGCUAAAUGUUCUGUUGGUGCCAUCAACAUUUUAGAUGCACUAUAGCAACUAUGGCUUAUUGGAUUUGUUGUUGGGGGUAUAUUUUGAGUAGGCUAUGUGUUUAGUCCUCCAAGGGAUUUGUAAAAAUCUGAGCUUCCACUUCCAUCUAACGUAAACCCCUUAAUUCUUGAAUUAUAUCUCCCUCUUUUCUCAAUCCCAUAAUUAAGUCUCCUACCUCCAUCUUUUCUCACUUGUGCCUCCCAUUCUACUCAUGAAUUACUCCCACAUGUCUCCUGCCUAUUUGUUGUCACUUAAAUAAAUAAACCCAUGCAUUCACACUGACACUAUCGAUCCAAAUACAAUCAUACUAACACUAUAUGCACAACUAAGAAUGUGCUUUCACACAGAUUCUUUGCACAUACAAAUAUGCAUUUAUAAAUAUGGCUUUACAUUGUAUGUAUACCUAGAGAUAUACACAAUUACAUGAAUGUUAUAUGAAACAUUUGCUUAAUGCAUGCAAAUUCAAAGACCAAAAGUCUAUUUUUGCCUGGAAGAUUGCACUCAGUCCAACCAUGGCCAUUAAAUAUGACAUUUUAAUGUAAGAAAUUGAUCCCAAAGACCAGAAUUAAUUGUCAGUUUCAUACAGCCCAGCAGUUAAUGCUGCAUUGGCUCAUUUAAUUCUGGAACAAGAUGCUUAAAGAAAAUAUUGUUAUGACUGCAAAAAGUAAUAUUGGUCCUUAACCACUUAAGGACACAUGACAGUGUCAUGAUUCCCUUUUAUUCCAGAAGUUUGGUCCUUAAGGGGUUAAAGAGCCAAAUGUGUUACAUAGUUACAUAGCUGAAAUGAGACUUGUGUCCAUCAAGUUCAGCCUUCCUCACAUCUGGUUUCUGCUGUUGAUCCAAAAGAAGGCAAAAAAAAACCAACAGUUUGAAGCACUUCCCAUUUUGCAACAAACUAGGAAAAAAAUCAUUCUUGAUCCCAGAAUGGCAGUCAGAUUAAUCUUUGGGUGUUAUUGUUAACAGAAAAAAAAUGUAAGGUUACCUGGCUACAAAUAGCAUAACACCUGUUUUAUCAACUACAGAUUGCAACUGCAAGAAAAUUGACGGUACAUCUGCGACCGCCUGCCAGCUGUGAACUUGAAAUCUCACUACGUGGUGUCAAACUCAUCCUUAGAGGCGAUGACCGACCAGAGGUAACAAAUCCAAAACUAAAACCUACAAUCAACAAACAGAAUGAGGAUUACGUACUAAAAAAACAGAUAAUUAACAUGACAUUGAGCACCAAAAGGCAAUGAAAGAGAAUGAUAUAUAGCACUGAUCUUUUUUAUAGGGACAUUCCAGUGGAGAUUAUUAUUGCAUAGAGUUUAUUCAUCAAAUUGUAAUAAAAUGAAAGCAAAAUGCUGAUUUGGAAAACUUCUCCAGAAAAACUUUCUCCAACUUUGCUAAAGUCUCAGCUUAGAUAGCCCAACUUACACUUUGGAAUUCUGUUUUUACUUCACUUUAAUUUGGUGUUUAGAAAAUAAACCCAAUCAGAAUUACAUGUUUUUAACACCAAUAAAAAAAGAAAAAAUAUUGACAUAUCAAAGCACUUAGAAAAGAAUGACCACAACAACACGAACGAGUACUUUGAGAGCGUCAACUAGAAAAAAUUAUUUCAUAUAUUUCAUCCAUUGAUUGGCUUGAAUUCGUGGGACAUUUUGCUGACAAACAAAAUCCACCGGCCCCAUUUAGAGAGUGCGCCCUGUGCACUGUUCUUGCCAGGUUUUAUUAUUAUUCAUAUAUAUUAUUCUGGAAUAAUACUUUUGUUUUGUUACAGGAUGAACGUUGCAGUCACUUUUUCCAGAUGAAGAAUAUAUCGUUCUGCGGAUGCCAUCCACGCAACAGCUGGUAAGACUGGUCUUUGCUUCGUGCGACUCAGGAUUAUUUUUUUAAACACCUUGUAUAAUUUUCUAGAACAAUCAGUUAUCUAGAUGUCUCAAAAUAUACCACCUUCCUCUGAGGAACUUAUUGUCCUCCAAAUAAUGUCACCUUUUUCUGUUUCUAGUUACUUUGGCUUUAUCACGAAACAUCCUGUCCUGAGCCGCUUCGCUUGUCAUGUCUUCGUUUCCCAGGAUUCCAUGCGACGUGUGGCUGAGUGUGUGGGGUAAGAAUAAAAUGACAAUGACAACCUUACUCACAAAAUAAGACAAGUAGAUCCCCCGUAUUGGGAUAAAUAGUGUGUUCACAGUUUGAAGAUUUUUUUUAAUACAAAUAAAGAUCAUGAAAGCUGUUUAAUGCCCAUGGAAAACCUGCCACUCUGACAGUGGAGAAAAAAAUUGUCAGAGAGAAAAGACACACUUUUGCACAUCUUUUGUAUACAUGAGGAGAAAUACAUUUGUAAACUAAAACAAAAUGAAACAGGAAAAUAAAAUAAUGCAGCAAGGAACUAAUAUAAUUAAUUAAUAAAUUAGUCCAAAUAUAAAAAUUACUUGAAAACGGCCUAAAAAGUGAAUAAGAUAUUUUAUUAUUUAUAAUCGUAGUAGUAUCCACCCCAGUAAUUGGGUGAUUUAUAAGAUUAGAUUGUGGUAUCAAUUGAUUAGAAAAUUGCACAGAUUUUUUCACACUGUGAUAUGAUUUUAUUUCUGGUUUUUUUUUAGACGGGCGUUCCAAGAAUUCUAUCAGGAACACGUGGAGUUCAGUUGUCCCACGGAGGAUAUUUACCUGGAGUAACCAGGGUCUGUAGAUAUAUAGAGGGGAUCCGGGUAUAUAUAUAUAUAUAGAAAGUGUGGGAAAUCCCAGAGUCAUCAUCAGUCAGCCAGGAACGCAGGGGUGUGAGCUUGCAUGACCCCUGACAUCAGACUUUACCCCCACAAAACCUAUCCUAGGAAUACUGUUAUUUCAGUGAAACAGAACAUUUCACGUUAACCCUUUUCCUGCUUCAGACUGCAGAGUAUCUCAUGUUAAGCACUUCUCUUUCCUAUUAUGCACUAAAACUCUUUGCAUCGCAACCUCCUUCCUAAUAUUUUGCGCAGACCAAUCCAUAUUACCGCCCUCCACUACAGAUGUCAAAACAUCUCACAGCUUUCUUUCCUUUUGAUAAAUUGCUGAGUAUCACAGUUCAACUCCCCACUCCAUCUCCUGACUGCAUAUGGUAUUGCAUUAUUUAUUAUUAGCUACCAGCAGCAGAGCAUCUCAUGUUGGCCCAAGGCUGCCACAUCGACACUGUUUUAAUGGACUCGUAAAACUUCUUGAUUCUGUUGGCAACUCAUGACUAGUGAUUCCCUUCUAUUAUAUAUAAUUCAUAUGAUGUAGGAGUAAAAAUAAUAGAUUUUUCUCUUGCACCUUAUGCAUGCUACACACUGUUGCAAGCACUUUUCAUGCAAUACCCAACAACAUGAAGACGUUAUAUGUGUCCUAGAAAAAAUGGAGAACGUGUGAACCCUAAAUCAGCAGCUUUCCCUCAAAAGACCAUUGCAGAAGAAUUGAAAUGAUACAUAUCUUCCUUUUCAUUCCUACAACACCUCAACCACAGCUAGCUUCAGACUGGCAACGAUUGUGAUAAUUAACUCUUUUACACACCAGCAGAGCAUGAUGCUUUUAAUUUCUGUAGAGCAUCAGUAUUUUAUGGCUUUUGCAGAUAAUUUACUUGGCUAUUUCUCACGGAAUUGUCCUUCUUUUACACAUCAGACACCUUUGCAGCUCACUCAUCCAUUAUCUCUUUCACUGCCAAUAAACACAAAAUCAUUGUGCUUUAGUAUGCGUGUGACAUAAAGGAUUAGUGAGAUUAAUAACUGCUUUCUAUAUGGACAAAUCUCCGGUACCUUUUGUUUCAAUUUAUCUAAUUCCUUAAACUUUCAAACCAUUAAAAUACCUGAGGAUAUGUCUCGUAUAAAAGAUUGGGUUUGUUAUAAAUGGUUCUUUGAACUAUUUAGAUACUGUGUCAUAUAGUCAGAACACGCAUAUUCCAAACCUUGUAAAUAAAACCAAGUAUAAUACAAGCCUGGGGAAGGUCAGUAGUUGCAGGUGACAUACAGCUCAACUCAUAUGUUACAGAGUUCCUGAUAUUGAAUAUUGUAUUUUGAAGAAUGUCGAUGUUUGAAUGUGGUAACAGUAUCUUUAGAGAUAUAUAGGCCACAUAAGCUGCACUCCAGUUACAUUCUUUUUAAAUGGCUUUUAACACUUUGUCUGCCAUCGGCCUGCAACAUUCCACUCUAUAAAUCUUUCCCUGGCUACCUGUCUGCAGGUGAUGUCUGUAAGAAUCCUGUUCUAUAAGGAUCCUGCAACGUAUCAGUUCACUUUGCACUCCCUCCAGGGACAGUUUAUCAAUGUUUUAACCCCCCCCUCCCCCCCAGCAUUCAUUCUGAAUGGCUCACAGUUUAUUGCCCUAUACAUUGCCUCACUUUAUGAAAACUGCAGCUAUGAAACCCCUACCCCUGCAGCUCAUCUCAUCUAUAACUCAUCCCUACCCUUACCGUACCUCCUUAUCAUUCCUCACAUUUUCCAAAACGCCUAGGUGGACACAUACUAAGAUUUCAUCAGUAAAUAAAACCUCUCCAAUUCUUGUUAUUCCAUAUAGACUAUGUAUUAGGUUACAAGAUGCAUUGGAGAGCUAUCAUAAGUUAGAGAAUGUCCACCUUUCAACUUUCAAUGCCAGACCUGCAGUAAAAGGGUUAACGGCGUUAGGAGCUGGACUAGAGCAUGGAGACGGAACAUCAGUCUAGAUACAUACCUACAUAGUAGUCAGAGGAGAGGAUAUGGGGUCCAUUCUGUUAAUUAAGAGAGCGUUAAAUGAAUUUUAGCAUGGAAGAGGAAAAGUUACUGCAUAUCAUGGAAUAAGUGGAGAUUAAAGGAUCGUCCAAGAUUGUUUGAAGCACUGACAUGAAGAGAAGAUUUAGUGGUAGGAACAACUCUAGUUCGUAAAAUAUUAUAUUUGUGGGGGACAAAUAUGUAGCAUAAAGGAGGAGUUAUAGUGCUUAGUGUGAGUUCUAGAUCAUAGUACGGGAGUUUACCUGUUAUAGGGAAUAUUUUUAGGAGGCAUUAUACAUUUCACACGAUUACGGGAUAUCGAUUUUUCAUGCCAUGGCUCAUUUUAUCUUUCUGCAUCAAAUAAAAGUUUGAGCUGCAUCCACCGUGUCCGUAAUUUUCUCUGCUGAAUGCCUGCUUUAUAUAAGUGUUUUUAUGAUUACUAUGAUUCAACAUGUAUGAUGUGCUAGGUGUGUAAUACUAUAAGUAUUCCACUGACAAAUAUUGAAAAACAAAUAAAAUGUACAUACCUCAAAUUGUCUUGUAUAUUAGUGUAAAAUGUAUUCAAGUAUCUGUACAUUGUGCUAGCAAAAUUAGUUCCUUCUAUUUGUGAUAUACAUUAUGUAGAUAG